CCGAUGACCGUUGUAAUGAGCAAACCGAUUGAGUUCCUGCCGUACCAUGAAGUCCCGCCCCUAAUCGAUACCCAAAGUUUCCCCAGCGACUUCACACUUAGCGUACGCCGACCACUAUGGAAGAGCAUUCUCUAUGGCCGCCUGGGACUUGUCACUAUAUCUACGAAGGAGCCAUCACCACUCGCGUAUUCAUCAGAUCAAACCCCGGCUUCGACUAAAUGCGAAUUUGACAUAACUAUCGACUGCGACUUAGCGGCCAUUCGCCGACUACGAUACACUACUGUCGUAGUCCAACCCGUCAUCUGUGCAAAGACCUACUAUUCCUACGAAGAUUUACCAUGUAUGCUUUCCCAGAACCUUUCCACGGAUCAUGAUUCCCUCCAUAUUUACAAGGACUUUCAAAGGCUAGAUUGCCAAACAUUGCAGAAUUUUCAGUGGACUUUCUCGAACCUAAAAUCGGCCGCAGAUGAAACUGCAGAUUAUCUAGGUGAGAGUGCGCCUCCCUCGUAUGAUGAAGAUGCCUCAAUUCGCCGAGAUUCAAAUACAUCGGUCUGCGUACCGAUAUCUCCAUCGCGAAGGCUACAAGCUACCUUCUCUAGCCAUCUUGUGGCCCGCGCUUACUCAGUGCUUUUCAAUAUCUCUUUCGGCGGCGCGUACGCGAGUAAGAUGGACCUUGAGGUACCACUACAAGUAGCAUAUCCACGACCACCGAUGUCGCCCUUACAGGGGGAUGGCACUCUUUUGCUGCCGGCAGAGGACGAGGACGGCGCGGACCGCCAUCGUACUUGGGGCUUGCCGCUUAGGUUACACAACUCUGGAAGAUUCAAUCCUUACAAUACACUCUCGCCGCAUGGGUCUGAUAUGCAUGAUUCGGAGGCUCUGCCGACAUAUGAUGAGCUUAUGCGCUAG